AUGACUGGGAAGACCCAGACAAGCAACGUGACUAACAAGAAUGACCCACGCUCCCUCAACUCCCGCGUCUUCAUUGGCAACCUCAACACGGCCGUGGUAACAAAGGCUGACAUCGAGGCCAUCUUUGCCAAGUACGGCAAGAUUGUGGGUUGCUCUGUGCAUAAAGGCUACGCCUUCGUUCAGUAUGCCAGCGAGAGGAACGCCAGGGCGGCCGUGGCCGGAGAGAACGCCAGGGUCAUUGCUGGACAAUCACUAGAUAUCAACAUGGCAGGAGAGCCCAAACCAUACAGACCAAAGAUGGUUUCCAAGAGGCCUCUCUCAUCCCUCUACAGUGGCUACGAGUUCGACUAUGACUACUACAGAGACGAUUUCUACAGCAGACUCUUUGAGUACCACGGUCGUGUCAUGCCCCCGACCCGGGCUGUGAUCCCGAUCAAACGUUCGCGGGUAGUUGUCCCGUCCACACGCAGAACCAAAUCCUCCUUUCCAGUCAGGGCCUGUUCUUCCUCUUCCUCUUCUUCCUCCUCCCGAGCGCUCAAUGUUGGCUCAUCCAUCACAGGCCCAAAACUGAAGACAGACCAGCUUGUAACAAUCAAAAAGGAGCUGUCACAGAUCAAGACCAAGAUCGACUCACUGCUGGGAAGGCUGGAGAAGAUUGAGAGGCAACAUCGCUCUGAUGCCGAUAUGCAGAGGAAACACAAGGAGAUAUGUGAGUGUCUCCAUGGUGAUGCAGCAGACCGAUCUGGUGGAGAGGAAGCCGAGGGGACAGCUGAGGUGGAGGCGGGGGAGAUGACGGACGGCGGUGAAGACGACUUUGAGGAUGAAGGCACCGGCGACAUGAUAGAGAACCACAUAUCGGAUAUUGACAACUGA